AUGACGACGAACAAAACGACCGGAAAAAACUUCGGACUUCUCUUCUGGGGAAACUGGUCUGAAGUGGAAAAACUGUGCUCCAGGUCAUUUAUCAAGGGCCAAAAGGCGUUCUUGUACGCGAUUUUUCGGCAACAAUUCCUGGAGUUUAUUGAGCAUCGCGAAUUCCAAAAGCCCCAUGCGGCUGAGUUUGGUGAUUUGUGCUAUUUGCUCUCAGCCAAGAGUGUGACAGACGCGCCAUCGUUCCGUUCAUGGGAAGGCAUUCAACCUGGCCGAGAAGCAUUGGUGUCGGAGUUCUCCACACUGCUGGAACCUGGCCGGUUGGAUCUACAGCAUCUCAUGCGUGAGAAUGAUCCUGAGAAUGCAUCCGCCCGAGAUACAGACUACGUGCCGCGACACCGUUUAUUGACGCUGCUGCACCAGGCGUUGGCCUAUCAAGUGGAGUUUGCUCGGUAUCAAAAGCGUACAGUGCCUGUCAUUUCGUCGCUUUUGCAUGACUAUACAGGGUUUGUGGUGCCGAAUCGCUGCCGCAUGACGCUUCGGGGGCACACACAGAAUGUCAAAUGUGUCCGAUUUGUAGGUGAAGAGGGACGAAAAAUCGUGAGUGGCUCAAGCGAUUGUACCCUCCGCCUGUGGGAUACAGAAACAGGAGUUUGUGAUGCUAUCCUGGAAGGACAUGGAAGUCGUAUCUGGGAUGUGGAUGCGACACAAGAUGGUACGCUGCUAGCGAGUGCUAGUAGCGAUGCUACUGUGCGUCUUUGGAGUACGGACUCGAAGCUCACACAAAUGACACUCCGUGGUGGCUAUGGGGACGUAUACUGCUGUCGAUUCAGCUCGGAUAAGGAGCACCUGGUGACAGGUGGUUAUGAUAAGCUUGUCCGAUUGUACGACGUUGCUACGGGCACAGCGGUUCGCAUGUUCCCCGGUCACCAGCUUGGCAUUUCAUCGGCAGUGUUUAGUCCGCAAAGCGGCAUGGUGGUAACGGGGGCCAAAGAUACCAGUGUGCGGUUCUGGGAUACUCUCAGCGGCGUCUGUAUUCGUACACUGCCGGGCCAUCUGGGAGAAGUGACGUCCGUUGAGAUGAGUCACGAUGGACGACAGCUCCUCACAUCGUCCAAAGACAAUUCUCAUCGACUAUGGGAUAUGCGAAUGCUACGACCUUUGCAGCGAUUUACCGGCCAUCAAAACACGUCGAAGAACUUUAUUCGGUGUGCCUUUGCACACCCCAGUCUGAUUGUCAGCGGUUCCGAAGACGGUUUGGUGUAUAUGUGGAGCCAGGAGUCUUCGCAUGUUCUUCAGACGUUGGAAGGUCACGGGUUGGAAACGACCUUCGCGGACCAUGCACACCCAUGGGGGACAGAAACAUCCUCGGAAGGAUCGCAACGAUACAAUGGGCGUAAGCAAGUCGUAGUCUACGAGGCUGUGUGGAAUAACAUUCAAGGCUUACUCGCUAGCUGUGCUGAUGACGGCACAGUGCGUUUGUGGGACUGGAAUGCCCCCUCGGAUGCGAUGACGCCAUCUUCAUAG